AUGGCCAACGCGCCUCAAGAUAACGUUGAGAUGCUGGAUGCAACGCCCAAGCCAACAAGCCAAGUGCCUGAAUACGGCAUACUGUCGCAGACCGUCUUCGAGACACCGCUCAGCAGACUCAUCCUCCCGGCGAAUAUACGUCACAAAGAUCUGAUUGACUUUGUCAUGGUCGGCGAGGACUUCAUACGUCUCAAAGAGAUCCGUGACUAUGGCCAGAUCCGUCAUGUAGCUUCCAAGACUGACUUCAACGGCGGCCGCAUCAUCACCGCCAAAGUCUUUGGCGACCCUCGUGAAGUUUCCGCAACCACAAGUGGCAGUCCUUCGCUACAUCAAAAUUACAUGAAGCACAGGACUAGAAAGUCGACUACGGAAAACGGAGACGACGCCUUACCUCCGGAAGUCGUUGUGCUUACUCUAUCAAACCGGUCCUUGAUGUUCUUGUGGGCUCAACACGAUACAGCGGGUACUGCCACUUUCAUUCAGAAGACCAUCAAGCUACCUGCAGGGAGUUCCCGCUUGGAUCGUUUUGGUACUUUCCUCGCUAUAGAUCCCAAAUGCCGAGCAAUGGCAGUCGCAGCACAUGAAGGGCGCUUUAUUCUCUACAAGACGAAGCCGAUGGAAAGAUGGAGAAGGGAUUCUAGAAUGAGCAAUGAGAUUGCUACGCCUAUCGAAGAUGAGCGAAUCAUGUCUAUUGAAGGUCAGAUCAUGCACAUGGAUUUCUUAUCAUCAGGAGGUGGUCAGGACGAUUACCACGUCGUUUUGCUGUUCGUUGUCGUCCUCCAGGGGAGGACCAGGCUCACCUGUUUCGAUUGGGAUUGCAGACAGGAUCUCAGUAAAGCAACCCCGCGGACGGAGCGAUACCUUGUCCAGCCUGAGGACACGAUACCUUCUCUACUCAUACCCCUUCGCCGGAGUCCCGAUUUCCUUCUAGUUUCCGACGACCACAUCUCGGUUUACAAGAAUAUUCUCUCUGGAGAUCCAACGCAAACCACAGUGUCGAUCGACAAGUCAAUACUUCAAUCAAUACUGCCAGGCGAUGGCAAGCACGCCCCCAAGUGGACCGCUUGGGAUAAGGCGCCACGCAACUCCGAUUACCAAAAGGAGGUAUUCUACAUUGCAAGAGAGGAUGGCCGUAUUAUGUAUGUGGUGCGAGGGCCAGCGGGCACUCUGGAGAUCGAUGAGGCUGGUGAUUGGCAACACCGGAUUGACACCUCCUUUUCAUGCUUGAGUAUCGACAACUCAGAAGUGUCGCAGCAAUACCCAGAUCUUCUGAUUGCCGGCGGGGCAAGCAAUGACGGAUUGGUUUGCAAAGUCGGCGCCUGGCCCGCUGAGUACUCGUAUGCAGUGCAAUAUCCGAGCACAAACCAGUUCUCCUUCGUCGACAACAUACCGAAUUGGACGCCUCUUACAGACCUUGCAGUGACUAAACUUUCUAGCCCGCGCGCGCCAGACGAACGUCAACGGUCUUCCAUCUUCGUCGCGACCGGCAACAGCCCACAUGGAGAGAUCUCGGAGCUGCGACGCGGCAUACAGGCUGUUGUUGACGAUAGUUUCAGCGGCAUAAACGGCUGCGCUGGGAUUUGGGUGGUUGACCAUGGAAGUCACAUGGCAGACAUCGAAGGCACGAUGAGGAGACAGCAUUAUGCCAUAUUUUCGAUAACGCUUCCGCCAGAGACUUUGGUAAUUCGCAUCGUUCGCACACAAUCGGAGAGCCGCGCAGACUUCACUGGAGCAUGGGAAGAGGGCUUCUGGGAUAAGUUCCAGACACCCAGCGACGAUGAUCCACUCGAAGAUGAUCUGAUGCGAGAAGAGGAGACCAUCUCGGCAUGUCCCUGGUCCGACACAAUAUCGAUCCAGAUCACAAGGCGAGAGGCCCGCACUCUUCUUCGGCCAACAUUGAGACAAAUCGAGUCUUUGAAGUUUGACUCUCCGUUGCUGUUGGCUGUCACCCAUACUGCGUGCCCUUUCAUCGCGCUUGCGUCUCGAAAGAGCGGCCGUGCGCUAUUAGAAAUCAUACCAAUCUCAAAGGGCGGCAACUUCGACCGAUCGAAUGCAUUCCAACAUCAGCUAGCUCAUGAUCCCACAUGCGUAGAGACACUGGAAAUCGACGGCUUUCCAUAUGUGUUUGUUAGUACAUUCGAUUCAAAGGUUUUCCUCUUCCAGUACUCGUAUGACGAGACCUCAUUGAUGUUGGAAGACUCCUGGGAAGACCAAGAUACCCUCAACGGUUCGCAGAAGCUCUGUGAGAGUGUUGCAGUUCUGAGCAAGGACGGCAAGAAUGUUCUGGUGUGCGCAAUGCGGGAUGGCACUCUUCUGAGUUCGCCAGUCCACGUAGAGCACGGUGUCGCCGGAGAUCGUCUACUCUUCUCGCAGCUCGAUGCAGACGUGAAAUGGUCAAGUCAGGACAAGCCUUCUACUAUUCCGCACGACUCCAAGAUCGUUCCUAGGAAACUCAUCACGGGCGCCAAACCGACCAAUAUACUGUACAUGCAGAAGUUACGGCGAGUACUAGUGUCGACUAUGGAAGCGAAAGAGAGACGAGGGCCACCUUCUGGCGAACGAUUGUUGCACUCAUCAAUCAAGCUACUGAGGGUGCGCGACGACAGACCGACCGAUGAUUUGGAGGUCAAACAGGAGAUUGAAGCGCCGGUGGAGCGACUAGUCGUUGCCCAAGCUCCUUUGAUGAACGCCGAGAGGGUCUAUUCCAUCGUCGAAUGGCAGUUUUUGAACAAAGAUAGCAAGAGAUAUAAUCUCAUCAUUGUUGGCACCGGAAUCCAAACCGGCCCCUCGCAGCAUAGCGGAAGGCGGCUGAUCUUCAACACUGGCAAAUCGGGCUCCAAGCUGGACUUGCAGAAACAGUCAACAUAUAACGAUCCUGUCUAUGGCAUAGCGCUGUGGGACAACCAGACGACAGUCAGUAUCGUCGGGAAAUCUUUAUGCAUCGAUCGUUUCGACGAGGAAGCCGGUCGAUGGUUCCAGCGCGGUAAAACAGAUCUGCACUCUCCAGGGAUUCAUGUGUCUGUCAUACAGCCAUUUGUCUACGUUUCGACGCUCCAGCACUCACAUCUUUGCUUCAAAGUUGUGCAAUCAGCACGACCCGAUACUUUCGAGUUUGUGCGGGAGUUCUCUGAUAGUGGUAUGCGCAACUGCGCGCGGCACCUGGUCAUGGAGUUGGCAGACAAGGAGGGUACUAGCAACGAUCGAUUCGUUUUACUCACCGAUAAGAAGAGCAGCUCGGUAACCGGUCUCUACCAGCCACCUCUUCGGACCCAUAGUAACGCUUCACCGACAUUGUUCGAAGCAUGCCUUCCCCGAUCUGUGAUUCGUCUCGACUGCGGCGAUAUCCGCCCACCUUGGCGCCGUCCAAAUCCUGCAGGAAAGGUCACCGGAGUCCUUGUCGACGAUAUCAUCGGCGCUUGUACCGAUGGCACGAUCUUCUCUUUCUCCAUUCUUUCCAAGGCCGCCUGUCUACUACUUCGCCUGAUACAAAACCUGAUCGAGGUGAAGUCGAAUCGUUCGGGCGCCCACAAACACGACACAGUCAAACCCCGUAGUGGCGAUAUCUUCAAUGUUCUCAUGAAUAACAUCCCUGGCAAUCAACACGGCGAGAUUCUGGUUAGGGAUGUAGAUCCACGGUAUCUAGGUCAAAGCCUCCAACGAGGCGCCAAGCACAAGCAUAUUGACGGCGACUUGCUGAAGAACUGGCUACAUGAGGAUGGCGAUCUGAGGAGUUUGGUAUGGAAUAACGCAGAUCAAGAGGUCAGAAAGCUCUACCAGAAAUUCGCGCUGGAUGUCGAGGAAAAAUGGGGAACGGUGGAAACUGGGGAGACCAAUGGGCACGGGCAGCAGCAGUUCUGCGAACGCGUAAAGAGAUGGAUGAGCGAGGUACUCAUGCCUGUGCUAUAA